AUGUUUGAAGUCGACAACUUCAUCUCAUUCCACGACCUCUCCCCCAGCGGGACCUUCAUCUGGGCCUCGCCCUCGGUCACAGCCGUCCUUGGCUAUGAGCCCGAGGAGAUUGAGGGCGUGCCCGCCUACGAUAUGAUCCAUAAGGACGACAUUGCCUACUGCAAACGCACCCACCAGGAGAACAUUCUUAACGACAUGGUCGGAACGCAGAUUGUCAUCCGCUUCAAACACAAGGAUGGAUCCUAUGUGCCCUGCAUGGUUAUCUUCAGUGUCUGUUACGACUAUCUCGUUACCUGCUCCACUGCUAUCGACACCGCACAAGAAGCAUUCCGUAAGGUCUAUACCCACUCAGCCGCAAUGACGAGUCUCGUUGGAUCCAGGCACAAGGAAUUUGAACGGAUCAAACGGCAUCACAAGGCAUUCGGCCCCAAUACCUGGAAUCCUACCACACUCGACCCCGAACCCAGAGCCUGCAUGAUCCUCAACCGAUUCUCACGCAAUCUCGGGAUUAUGUACGCGUCACCGUCCUGCCAAUUUAUUUUCAAGAUUGAUCCCGACAAGGCCGUUGGAAAGCCUUUACUAGUCUUUCUUCGGGCAGACGAUCUAGGGGGGUUUGUCGAGCAGGCCGAGCUUGCAAAGUCGUCCAACGUGGUGACCCACAUGCGGUUCUGGUUCCAGUCGCCCAAUUGUCGGGAGGAGAUUCCAUGUGAGGCCAUGUUGUUUGGAGCGGCAGACGGACUGGUGGCAGUUCUCAGGCGGUGUCGACCUUUUAUGCGACGACAGGCAAUCAUGGGAAGUAUCCCCUCUUCGGCAUCGAACUCAGAGAGUCCACCUCGAUUUGCCGGACCACGCUGUACCUGCGGCGAUAGUAGUUGUCGCGGCACUCCACCCUCCAGCACUCCACCUUCCGGUACCUCACCCUCCGGUACCCCACCCUCCAACGGCAGCUGCAACAACAGCAACAGCAACAGAAACAGCAAUAGCAACAGCAGCAGCAACAAAUCACAUCCAUAUCACAGGAAUGAUAACAAGAACGAACCGGGUCGACGGAGCCACAAUGUCCAUGGACAACAACGUCACCAGCCUCUCCAGACAUUCCACGAAGCGCAUCGUCCCGAUUCAACAGUAGGCAACCAUCCUAACGUCAUGAACGGCUUCACGACCAACCCCACAUUUGCGGAAUACCCUCCCUCAGACUCAUCGACAUCAUUGUCCGAGUCGUCGUCGUUCAACUACUCACAGUCACCACUGACAUCGCCAUAUUCGUUAUCACCCUGUGGAGGCGGCGAUGUCAGUUACGCUAGUCAGUCGACAUCCGCCUUCCGGUCGACGUCGUUCUCGACCAAGACGAUCAGGUCGCCCUUGCAAGGGAUCCCGAUCGGAUCGAUCAACUCGAUUCGCAACCUGGACAAGGAUCAGCACCGGCUUCGACCCCUGACGUCUCUGCAGGAUGACUCAUUGGAUAUUGUCGACAGCACCACACAGCUGCCGGCAAACUACCGGCUACGGUCACAUUAUAAGCAGGAGCCAGACGUGGAGGAUGCUGAAUUGGACCGGAUGAUGUCGCGACUGGAUACUGGGUAUGAUGAUGAUUCUGACGAGGAGUACUAUCGUGAGGACAGUGUGGAGGAAGUAAUUGAUUGUCGUGAUACGAAUGGUGGUCAAGACGGGACUAGGAACGGCGUGAGGAGGAGUUACAGCAGCAGCACCAACGAGAUGAUCGAAAUUGAUAUGGAGAUGGAGGAUAUUGCGGCACAGACUGGGAAUAGCAGGGUAAUGGAGUUUUCAGUGUCACCUUCGUCGUCUGCUUCGUCAGCUAAGGCUAGACGGAGGCAGGACGAGGAAGGUGACAGGGAUAAUGGUCAUGAUGGCUCGCCUGUUCCCGGACUGCAAGUUGGACCAGGCCUGCUGUAA